CUACGAUUUAUGAUAGAGAGGAAUCCGAUGCGUCCAAGUACAAAAGCCACGGCCAAUUAGAGAGAUUUUCAGAGUCAGUCUUUUUAUAUUCAUCUCUCAGCAUCAUUCUUUGAUUGUGUGAAUCUCUCAUCGUUCUCUCAAAUUUCGUGUUUUUGUAACCGGACGGAGAACCUUUCACGAUGUCUGCAAACCAGGAGGAAGACAAGAAGCCAGGAGACGGAGGAGCUCACAUCAAUCUCAAAGUCAAGGGACAGGAUGGAAACGAGGUUUUCUUUAGGAUCAAGAGAAGCACUCAGCUCAAGAAGCUGAUGAAUGCUUACUGUGACCGGCAAUCUGUGGACAUGAACUCCAUUGCUUUCUUGUUUGAUGGGCGUCGUCUUCGUGCUGAGCAAACUCCCGAUGAGCUUGACAUGGAGGAUGGUGAUGAGAUCGAUGCGAUGCUCCAUCAGACUGGUGGCAGCGGUGGUGGUGCUACGGCCUGACACUUCGUCCAGGUUUAGGGCUUGUGUGUGAUAUGAAUGGUUAAGGAGUAAUCGGCAUUAGGAUUUGCAGACUUGUUUUUUUAUCGUGACCAUUCUCUUUAGAAACUAAGUUAUUAUGGUCACGAAGGUUAAAGAACCCUUUGGUUGAUUUUUUGUCUUGUUCGUUUGGUAUCGGAUCCUAUGAUACUACUAUUUCGGCUUAAAGGUGUUAUUAACCCAAUUAUCUAAAGUUUGUUGGUAUGGUAACGGUAAAAAGCUAUUAAUUAUUGAAAGUGUGACUCUUAACAUAUACGUAGCUCAUUGAGCUAAUGGCGAGCAAAGAUAAAAUCCAUCUAGUCAACUAAACAAAAUAUUACUUAAAC